AUGGUUAUCGACUCCGAUUUGGCUGGCUCCACCGGUCUGAAGGCUAUCGGCGCUAAGCACCCCGAGUCCUUUGUCGCAUCUGGUGUCAUGGAGCGCGGCAAUUUCUCUGCUGCUGCUGGUUUCGGAUUUGGCAGCAACGGAGAGCGCCAAGGUGUUUUCUCUACCUUCUCCGCCUUCUUGGAGAUGUGUAUUUCUGAGAUCACCAUGGCCCGUCUGAAUGACUGCACCGUUUUGUCACACUUCUCUCACAGCGGUGUCGACGAGAUGGCCGACAACACUUGCCAUUUCGGUCUGAACCACUUCUUCGCCGACAAUGGUCUCAUGGAUGCCGCGAGCACUGCGCUAUACUUCCCUGCCGAUGGCGAGCAAAUGAAGGCAGUAGUCAACGAGGUGUUCUGGAAUAAGGGUCUGCGCUUCAUCUUCUCCACUCGUGCUAAGGUCCCUUACAUCCUGAAGGAGGGUACCGACCAGAAGCUCUUCGGUGAGGGCUACAAGUUCGUUCCUGGCAAGGAAGAAGUCAUCCGUAAGGGCUCUGCUGGGUACAUCGUCUCAUACGGUGACAUGAUCUACCGCUCGCUUGAUGCUGUCGAGAACCUGCGUGCGGAAGGCCUCGAUAUCGGUCUUAUUAACAAGCCUACUCUUAACGUGGUCGACGAGGAGACCAUCAAGGUCUAUGGAUCCUCACCAUUCGUCCUGGUUGUUGAGUCGAUUGCGCAGAAGACUGGUCUCGGCUCUCGCCUGGGUACUCACCUCCUUGAGCGUAAAUUCACGCCCAAGUUCAAGGCCAUGGGUGCUAUUAAGGAGGGCUGUGGUGGUCUGUACGAGCAAGUCAAUGCUCAGGGCCUUGGGCCGAGCGAUAUCAUCGCGGCGGUUAAGGAGGUGUCUGGAAACUAA